UUGCCUGUCUGACGCGCCGACGGGCCACGUUUCGGGUGCGUGAUUAAUAUUCAUUAAAAGCCACCGAGGCGGAUUAGUGUUGGGUUGUUUUCCGUCGGUACGAACUCCUCGACGCACUCGUCCCCGAGGGCCGAGCAGUAAACCCGGUGGUUUCGGCGGAAGCCGUUUUAUGUGUUGACCCGCCAAAAAAAGCCAGGAGGGGGCUCGGAGAUACGAGCUCGGGGAGUUUCCGCAACUUCGCUCGGUACGUUUCAUUCGUUUGUUUUAGGAAGGAGGAUGACUAGCGGAUUCAAUUUUGGUCAGCCCUCUAAUACGGGGUUCACUUUCGGGACCCCCAAGACCACCGCCGCAGCGGCCGCGGCGGCUGCGGCGGCGGCUCCCACCGGGUUCGGUAUGACGAAUUCCACACCUGUAGCCACCGGCGGCGGCGGCUUCUCUUUCGGGACCCCCAAUCCUGCCCAGGCUGCCUCCGUCCAGGGCAGCGCCAUGGCAACCGGGGGCUUCAGCUUUGGGACCCCCGCGAAAAGCACGGCAGCCGGCGGCGGGUUCUCUUUUGGGACUCCCUCGACCACGUUCAACCUCGGAGCGGCUUCUCAACCGGCACAGACGGGGCUCAGCUUGGGCUCGACAGCAGCGACGCCGGCCUCCGGGACAGGGUUCACACUGGGCGGGGGUCUCCAGACGCAGACCGCCGCUCCCGCCGCCGCCGCCAUGGUCGCCCCAACAGGGGGGGGGUUCAGCUUUGGAACUACCCCCCAGGCUCAACCCCAGCCUGCGGCGGCCCCGGCGGCAGCACCCAGCGGCCUCCCGGUAGGAGGAUUUAGCUUUGGUUCUGCCAAGGUCCAGGUGACCACUGCUGCAGCCCCCACCAUCACCACAGGUGGGGGUUUCUCCUUCGGCACCGGUGCUCCGUCGACCCUCACCCUCGGCGCGCAGCCCACGCCGGCCGCCACCGCUGCGCCCACGGCAGCCCAGGGUGGUGGUGGGUUUGCUUUCGGGGUCAAACCCUCGUCGACCCCCGCCCCUGCCACGACUACGCCAGCUUCGCAGCCGAUGCCGACGCUAGGCACUUCCCUGUUUGCUGCGCCAAUCCCGUCGGUCGCCCCCACCUUCGCCGGCUUUGCCGCGGCGACGUCAACAGUUGCGGCUGUGGCCCCGACAACAACCACGGCGGCCAGCGGGGGCCUGGGCUUCAUGAUCAAGCCCCUCGGGGCGGCUACUGCCACCAUCUCCACCCCUGCCACCGUCGCCACAACUGCGGCCCCUGCCACGGGCUUUUCAUUGGGCAGACCCGUGCCGGUCGCCACCGCUGCGGCCACCGCUGCGGCCACCAUCGCGACCGCCGCGGCCGCCGCCGCCGCCCCGGUGAUGACCUACGCGCAGCUGGAGGGCCUCAUCAACAAGUGGAGCCUCGAGCUGGAGGACCAGGAGAGGAACUUCCUACACCAGGCCACCCAAGUGAACGCCUGGGACCGCAUCCUGAUGGACAACGGAGAGAAGAUCACGUCCCUGCACAACGAGAUGGAGAAAGUGAAGCUGGACCAGAGGCGGCUGAAUCAGGAGCUGGAUUUCAUCCUGUCGCAGCAGAAGGAGCUGGGGGACCUGCUGUGCCCGCUGGAGGAGUGGGUGAAGGAGCAGAGCGGGACCAUUUACAAGCAGAACGCCGACGAGGAGCGCGAGAAGACCUACAUGCUCGCCGGGAACGUGGACAUCCAGCUGAAGAGGAUGUCGCAGGACCUCAAGGAGAUCAUCGAGCACCUCAACACGUCCAGCGGCCCGGCAAACACCAGUGAACCGCUUCAGCAGAUCUGCAAAAUCCUCAACGCCCACAUGGACUCCCUGCAGUGGAUCGAUCAGAACUCGGUUCUGCUCCAGAAGAGGGUGGAGGAUGUGUCCAAACUGUGUGACAACCAACGCAAAGAGCAGGAGAAGACUUUCCGUUUUAACAUGUAACUCGUGUGCGGUAAACUUGUUGCUGCACUGAUCCUCUCUUCUUCUUUCCUUUUACUAUUUCAGAAGCGGUGAGCAGGGAGGUACCUUCAGGUUGUCAGGUUUAUUAUUUUUUGAACACUUACCCACUUCAUUCAUGCCAGUGGGUAAUUGUUAUGUGGGCUCUUGUUUUGCCUGCCUUUUUUUUUUUGUGUGGCUUACAUCUGUGAAGGUGUGCUUUUUCGACGCAGUAGUGCUUUAACGUGUUGACCCGUUUGCUUCUCGAGAGACUCUUAUUUCUAAUCCCCGCACAGCUAGCUGACCGUGAGGCGUUGCGCCAGUUCCAACGGCCAGCGUAAAACCUGCAGGUUCUGCUGCGGUGCCAAAGGGACCGGUCCUCCGGAGCCCCCUCCUAACCCUGAGGGUGGCGGCGGGAGGGAGGUUUUCAUAGUUGUGCGCGUCAUCUCUUGCCAUGUACAGCGGAUGUGUAGUUAUAAUCCUUGUUUUUUUGGAAAGUUGUAAAUCGAAAUAAAAGUCAUGU